CUAAAUGCUUGCGCCGUCAGAAAUAUUGGCUCAUUGUAUAUCUAAAACGAGCAUGGAGGCAUUUAUUUUUAUAUAGAGCUACUACUUCUUAAAGCUACUUCUUCAACCAAGUUUUGAAUUACAACUUUCAUGCCUGACGCGCUCCUAUUUCAACGCCUGUUGCCUCGUAACCUUUUUUUUAAAGUGGACCUGUACUUGAAAGACUUGCUGAUUUUUUAUCAGUUUAUUUUUUUUUAUCAACCAACCGAAUCUUGAUGGUGGAUCUGUGUAAGUCUACAGAUGGAGAUUUUUAAGAUGAGUCGGUGGACGCUUUGUUAGAAUUACCUGAGCAGGAGACGCGCGUAUCGGUGUGAUGAAGGAUCGACUGGCUGAACUGACUGCUAGUAACACACAAGCAUCGGAGGAAAUUGCAGUUCCAAUGGACUGCAGAGAUGACUUCAUGGAGAGCUUUUUCAGGAGGGUGGAGGAAGUUAGAGGACUCCUUGAUAAGAUCUCCUACCAAUUAGAAGAGGUGAGGAAGUUGCACAGCAUGAUUCUGUCUGCACCCAACCCAGAUGACAGAACAAAGGAUCAGCUUGGUGCACUGACCAACAAUAUAAAAGGGAACGCCAAUGUGGUGAGAACUAAACUAAAAUCCAUGGAGCAAAACAUGCCAAAAGAUGAUGUUGUUAACAGAUCCUCUGUUGACUUCAGGAUCCAGAAAACACAGCACACUGUGCUGUCCAGGAAGUUUGUGGAGGUCAUGACCGAGUACAAUGCGACUCAGGUGUCCUUUCGGGAAAGGAGCAAAGGAAGGAUUCAAAGACAACUGGAAAUAACUGGAAGAGUGACCACCAAUGAAGAAUUAGAAGACAUGUUGGAAAGUGGAAGUCCAUCAAUCUUCACCACUGAUAUCAUUUCUGAUUCCCAGAUCACACGACAGGCCUUAAACGAGAUAGAGUCACGUCACCAGGACAUUGUGCGUUUGGAGUCGAGCAUCAGAGAGCUUCAUGCAAUGUUCAUGGACAUGGCGAUGCUGGUAGAAACUCAGGGUGAUAUGGUGAACAACAUCGAGAAUAAUGUCUCUAAUGCAACGGAGUACAUUUGUCGGGCAAAGGAAGAGACUAAAAAAGCUGUGAGGUACCAGAAGAAAUCCAGAAGAAAAUACAUCAUCCUUGCUUUUGCUCUGUUAAUCCUGCUUGCUGUCAUUGCACUAAUUGUGGGUCUGUCCGUCGGACUAACCAAACCCCCUGUAUAAAACCUACUCAGAUUACUGCUUGAGAAACUUCUCUACUUGGCCAUGUGUGGAGGCUUCCUACUUUUACUCAUCAUAGUAGUUGGAGUGUUUGAGUGAUGGUUUAAAACUUUAUAACAAUCAGCAUUACAGAAAAGGUUUUAAAGUACAGUGAAGUAAGUAUAAAGGCGCAGUCUGCAGCGGUUUCAUUGGACCUCAUGGUAAACUGUACCAUUAAAAAGUUGAAAUUUCCAUGACAGCAUAGGAUUUAUGUAUUGUUGUUAUUUUUGCAUUGCUGCCAUUUUCCUUGUGAAAUACAACUUGUCUUAAGGUAAUACCUUAAAUAAAUUUGACAUUAAGAAGUUUGACAUUAUGGGAAAUAAUUUACCUCCUCUUUGAGUGUAAGUUUAAAAGACUGACACCUUGUUCAUGUCUGCUUCCUCAUCUUUAUCAUCACUUUAUUUAUAAAGCGCUUUAACAUCAGCCACAGCUGAACAAAGUGCUGAACAUUAAAGAUAUGUCAAAUAAAAGCUUAGUGCACAUGCCAUCUGCAUUUUUCUGGCUGUAGCUCCUCUUUAACACACAGAUGUCUAUCAGUUUUCUGUUGCAAAAUUACAAAAUAGAGAAAGCAAGUUUAGUCCCAAACUGUCAAACUACUACUAAUAUGUAGUCAAAAUAUCCAAGAAUUUAAAAUGUCUUCUUAUAUUUCUAGUAUAAUUUGUAUUUAAAUGUUUGUGUUAGCUCCUUAUGCUGUCUUUACUUUUUUUUUUUAAAAACUACAUUAACCGCUAUUCACAUAUUGAAUGCAAAAGGAUUUUUUCUGGGUAAUUGUGUCUUAGUCAAAAGACAUUUUGUCAGCUCAGUUACAUAAAAUUAAAUCUUACUGAUUGUUAUUCAUGAAAAACCUAAAUAACAUUAUUCUAUUAUUUUUGGCAUCAUUCUAUAAAAUCUUAGCUUAUUAAGUUGUAUUUAUAACAAUCACUGUGUGUGAUGACUGAAGUACUUGUUGUGAUGCAGUAAUUUAGUACUGUUGGACAAAUAUUUCAAGAGGACACAUUUUCAUUUUGUUAUACCUUCUGUUUUAUA